AUGUCCGGCCUUGAAGCUGAGCCUCUUCUGCCUCGGAGUGAAUACAACCCGGAACGGGGCGAUGGGGAAGCGAAAAGCAGAUACAAGCGCUGCAGACGAUGGACUGCGGAGACACUUGAGGCCUCUCGAAUGCACAAGUUCAUCAUUGCCUUGAUCGCCAUAGACGCAUCGUGCGUCUUAACUGACCUCGCCUACACCAUACUCUCGCCCACCUGUACCCCAGUGGAUGGUGGAGACUCCCCCGCCUGGCUGAACAUCACCUCGCAGAUCUCGCUCGUCAUCACCCUCCUCUUCGUGCUCGAAAUACCGCUCACGGUCUGGGCACUCGGAUGGAAGAAUUACUGGCCAUUUGGUCCCGUGCCGCACGCAAGCCUGCACUUUUUUGAUGGGGUCAUCAUCAUCACGACGUUCGUGCUGGAGGUGGUGCUUCGAGGGAAGGAGAGGGAGCUUGCCGCCCUGUUGGUGAUUUUGCGUUUGUGGCGACUUGUGAAGCUCGUAGGAGGUGUUGCGGUUGGCGCUGGUGAGAUUCAGGAAGACAAUGCAAAGCAUCUCGCAGAGACGAGAGUCGCGCUGAGAGAGGCGAACGAAAGGCUGCGCCGCGUUGUAGAAGAAAACCAACAGCUACAAGCGCAAUUGCGUGCCUAUCAGCAGAAUUCACUGCCCGCCUCUGACGCAGACAAAACACCAACGGGGACGGGCGUUUCAAAGAACUUAGUCGACGAUGACGCGGAUGAUACCCCAUGGCGUUAGCAAUGCGAUGAAUCGAGAUUGCCUUCGUAAUAUUGCAGAUGCUUCGAUUGUUUAGGAAUCAUGCACAGGAACUAUCUACGCUACAAAUGCAAACGGAACCCAAUACUUGAACAGAAUAUGUGCUACAAAAUGGGUAUUACAAAGAAUGUGUUAGUAGGCAACAGUAGUUGUAUGAUGUUGGUGGCGAUAAAUUAGUAGCGUCAACGCUGUGAU